AUGGCUGCCAAGAGCACCAUGAUGAUGCCUUCCCUUGUCCUCCUCAUGGCUCUGGUGCUCUCGUGCAGCGGCAUUAGCCGCGCGGCGCGGUUGCUGGAGGAGGAGGCGCCCAAGGAAGAGUACCCGUACCCUGCCACGCCGGCAGAGCUGCCAAAACCCGAGCUGCCGCCGCACCCCACGGUGCCGGAGCUGCCGAAACCCGAGGUGCCAGCACAUCCAGAGCUGCCCCCUCACCCCACUGAGCUGCCCAAGCCUGAGGUACCUGCUGAGCACUUGCCGGAGUUGCCCAAGCCCGAGCUGCCUUCUCACCCAGCUGCCGUGCCUGAACUGCCCAAGCCUGAGGUACCGGAGCACCCCGCCGUUCCAGAGCUGCCGAAGCCCGAGCUGCCUCCUCACCCCGCCGUCCCGGAGCUGCCAAAGCCCGAGCUGCCGGCGCACCCCACCGUGCCGGAGCUGCCGAAGCCUGAGCUGCCUCCUCACCCCACGGUGCCAGAGCUGCCCUACCCGGAAGUGCCGGAGGUGCCAAAGCAUGAGCUGCCACCGAAGCCCGAGAGCCACUACCCGGUGCCAGAGACCAAGCCAUGA